CUAGACUCCACUGUUGAUACUCACGAGCUCUCUAACUCCAUCAACCUCGGGCCUCCUACCUCCUCGCCGCCCUCUGCUAUCGCCGCCCUUCGUCUCCGUUGUAGUUGCCCUCCGCCACCGCCGCCUCCUGACCUCCUACUCUUCUUUUUUUUACCUUUAUUACCUUCUUUCUUGAGAUUGUGAUAUUUUUUCUCAGCGUAGUUGCCCUCCGCCGUCGUCGCCCUUCAACCUCUUCUUCUUCUAGCUCUACUACCUCCUUUCUUGAGAUUGUGAUGUUUUUUCUCGCCAUCGACUAUUGCAGACGGCGAGAAACCAAACAACCUAUAUUUGCAAUUACAAAUCUUUGUGGGCUUAAUUAGGCCCAAAAAAAGGCCUUGCUCUAGCCCAAAGUGAACACUCCUUGCUAUCGUUUCUUCCUUUUGACUCCUCCUUUACCUCUACUUUUCUCUCUCCUCUAUCUCUCUCUUUAAUCUCUCUAAAGGCUGUGUGAGGAGAGAGAGAGAUAGGGGGAGUGGCAAUGGCGACGCAGUGGGUUUUGGUGGCGCAUGGCUUGAUCACGCUACUCGUGGUCGUCUCCUUCCUCUGUGGGCAGUGGCCCAUUUUCCAGGGCACCUUCGUCGAGCGCAUCCACCACUUCCUCACCUUCGGCGCCUACGACUACUUCCUACGAUUUGUAGCGUUAAUAUUUGGUUCUAGAGGAAGAGAUUGCUUUCUUACUGUUGAGCACUAUUGUUGUGAGCGGCCAAAUCCAAUCUUACAGCUAGGAUAUCUGGCCAUAAUUGGUAUGACAUAUUUUAUUAUUGCAAAGUCAUCAUUCAGAUAUAUACCUGGUCAUUAUAUUGGUGAAGUUCACAGGUAUUUUAGUGUGGUGGCGGUUGGUGUUGGUGUUGUGCUUUUCCUAUUGACUAGCUUUUCUGAUCCUGGAACUGUGACUGCCGAGAAUGUUUCUCAAUAUCUUGCUGCUUAUCCGUAUGAUAACAUCAUUUAUGCAGAGAAAGAAUGUUCGACUUGCAAGAUUACAAAAUGGUGUCACAACUGCUCUGCUUUUCACUCCUUGAUUGGUGUUGCAUUAAUCUGCAGACCUGCGAGAUCUAAGCACUGUAGCAUAUGCGAUAGAUGUGUGGCUCGAUUUGACCACCACUGUGGAUGGAUGAAUAAUUGCAUCGGAGAGAAAAAUACCAGGUACUUCAUUGCCUUUCUUCUUUGGCAUAUCCUAAUUUGCUUGUAUGGAGCAAUCUUCCUUGGGCUCAUUCUUGCCGGUCAAUUGAAAGAACGCAAGGUUAUAUACAUUUUGACAGUUUAUUAUGGUAUCGAGAAUUCAUUCUCCGGCUUAUUUCCACAUGUUGUACAGUGGUUUCUGGGUUCCUAUAACACACAAAUACUACUUACGGUAUUUUUAGUCGUAGUCGCGAUGCUACUUGCGGGCUUUUUUGGAUACCAUGUGCAUCUCUGCUUGACAAACACAACAACCAAUGAGACAUUUAAGUGGCAAGACUACAUAAGCUGGAAGAAGAAGCUGAAUGAGGCGAAGGCAAGUGCAGUGGCUCUCAAGGCGAGCACACAUGCGGUGAACAGAGAUGGGAAGUCUCCACUGAGCAAAUGGAAGGUGUGCUGUCGCCGGGCCCCGCCGCAGCAGAGCGAGGAGGAGGUCAUUAAGAAUAACGUGUACGAUCAAGGGGUUGUUAGUAAUAUCUAUGAGAUUUUGGUUCCUCUUUCCGAGAGACGGUCUCUUUCCCAUCUAAAAUCUUUGUGAUAAAGGCGACAAUCCAUCAUUGACAAAUUUUUUUUUCUGGAAAUGAUUGUAUAGUAGCAACUUAUCAGAAUAGAUUACAAUUUAUCUGCACUAGAAGGACUUGCAAGGUAUGCAUCUUUGUGAA